AUGGCCACGUUUGACGAGUUUCCCAGCGCAUCGUCGUCGGCCCGCCGCCGCUUGUCCAAUCCUACCCGUCGUCGCGGCUCGCUUAUGCAAGACCUCAAACCGACCACAGAACGCUCUCCUUCCGGCACCCGGCGCGGUAGCAACCCUCCUGGCCCUCCACUAUCACCCUCCGCCACUGGUCCUUCGUUCGCGCGCAGCCCACUCCCGACGCAGCAAGAACAUUCCAGGUCUGAAAGCAAAAGCUCUGACGAAGAAACGGAUGCCAUGACUGUUCGCUCGACCUUGAUGCCACAACACGCGAUGCGCGCACCUUCCGGCACGCCGGGCGACCCGCCUCCCCCAUACCGUGCACCUGUCGCCCCAAGGCUACAGCGUGUCUCCAUUUCCCCAGGCCUGUCGCCCAUACCGGUUUCAAGCACUUUCUCGGCCACAGCUACCAUGCCUCUCGAACUCCUACCCCUUCCACAAGACCCCAACCACAUCCUCCCCCUCUCGACCCCGCCCCCAGCAUCCCGCGAAUCCCUCGACUAUGUCGCCCAGGCCUCCAGCGGGCACGGCAGCACGCCGCGCACGUCCAUGUCGCUGAGCGAGGAGAUGAGCUGGGGCACAGGCAACCGCUCGUACUCUGACAGCUCGGCGGGCGAUGACGAUGACUGUCCAACGGCGUCGUCGGGGUGGUGGAAGCGCUCUCAUGGGCGCGGACCAUCUGUGCAAUCCAUGCGGCGUCCCGCGACGUCGCGGCUGCCCUUUGGAACAAGGCAAUGGGCCUGGCUACUCGGUCCCUUCAAGCCGCUGACUCGCCCGUACGACUACAUGUCACUUGUGGACAGCACCAUCAAACGAGGUCGAUCCGAUCGGGAACAGAUCUAUGCCACCACCACGCGCCGAAAAUCACGGACCUUACUGGGGUCCCAGUACUUAGCCUAUGCUGUCGACUGGGUCCAGUCCGAGCCGUGGGCUGUCGUGUUGUUUCUCUUCGUGUUCGCGAUAUUCAGCAUCUGCCUGGGCUGCGGGAUCAAGUACGUCCUCGAUCCGGACAAGGCCGCCCUGCCAUGGCGCGAGUACGCGUCGCUAGACUAUCCGACUAUCUUCUCGAUCCAGGACGCCGAUUGGGACAACUCGGCUCUCGGCGGCCACCUUCCCCCGCUGUCUGCGCUCAAGCCCGUGACAGCACACCACUCCCUGUGGCCGUACCCGGGGCACGACUACGCGCCACACCAGGAGAACAUGCACGGCAGGUCGCGCGUCGAUGACCUCGAGCCAACGACUGUGUUCAUCGCUGUGUUCACGUACGACGUCGGCGUGGACCGCCGCAACCUCAUCCGCCAGAGCUACGCUUCCCACCCGCGAUCCCGCACCCCAGGGACCGAGGGUGUCCGUCUCCGCUUCGUCAUGGGCCGGCCGCGGCCCCAGUUCAAGCAAAUGGUUGACGCGGAGAUGGAAGAAUACAAGGACAUUGUCGUGCUCGACAUGGACGAGAACAUGAACGACGGCAAGACACACAAGUUCAUCUCGUGGGCGGCGGACCACGCUAUCGUCCCCGACUACGAGUAUCCCUCGCACCCGCGGUCCGAGGCGAGUGCGGAGGAGUUUGUGGCGCAGCGCGAGGCUGGGAAGGAAGCCGUGCCGAUCUACCGCGGCGAGAAGAAGCCCGACUAUAUCGUCAAGGCGGACGACGACUCGUUCAUCAUGCUGGGCGAGUUUGAGCGGCACUUGCGCGUUACUCGGCGCACAAAGACAGUCUGGGGCUAUCUCGUGCGCGAGCGCUUCAUGGCCGGCGAGUGCUAUGCCCUCUCCCGUGACCUGGCCGAGUACAUCCGCGACACCGAGGAGCUGCGCGACCAUGUCGAGGGCAAGGAGGACAAGCUGGUAUCUCAAUGGCUCCGCACCCACCCAGACAAGGAGGAGAUACUGUGGUACUCGGAACGAACGUGGAUCUACGACCACCCAAAGUCGGGAACGGUAUACGCCCACGGCUUCCUCUUUCCCGAUGAGGUGGCGCGGGUCCGUGCGGAGCGUUUGAAUGGUCUAUCGGAUGAGGAGCGGAUCCAGCGCACGCAAUUUGGAGCAGACAUGGACGCGUACUCGACAGUCUCGCAAUUCGGCAAGCGAUACCGUCCCCCCCUGCGUGGAUUAAGUUUUGACGAAGCGACCGAGACGCUGGUUGAAGGUUCUCCGAUGAGCAGACUACGUACGGAAGCAGUGGACAAGUACGCCCACUCGCGCGCGGAUAUGGCAGCCCGCGUCGACGCACUCAUGGCCUCGCGCCCGAGAUUGGAGGAGCGAUACUUGGGUGCUGAGAGGGGCGGUACUGUCGUCGUGCACUAUAUCAAGCGGCGCGAGUGGUUUGAAGAGACAGGAAGAGUAUUGCUGGGAGAAAAUUAG